AUGACAGCCAAUCCAAAACCAUUAUUAAUUGUUGCUAAAUGUGCCUUAUGUUCAACUAAAACGGAACUAUUUGUGUGUCCACAUUGUGAUGAAGUUAUAUGUCAAAUAUGUGUUAAUAAACAUCGAUCAGAAUUAAAUGAAACACUUAAAGAACACUGGUUAAAAUGUAAAACAAAAUUUCAGAAUUUAUGUCAUCUAACAAAUACAUAUGAUAAAGAUUUCGUUGUUGUUGAGAAUGAAGUUGAUCGAAUACGACAAAUGAUUGAGCAACGUUAUUUAGAUUUUGUUCAAUUAAUUGAUAGUGAAAAGAAUACUUUAUUAAUAAAAAUAGAAGACUAUAUUAGAUCAACAACAUCAAAUGUUAAACAUGCCGAUAUUCAACAAUUAUUUAAAUCAGUUAAUCAACGACUUGAAGAGAUUUUUCAAGGUUCAAAUACGUCAUACAAUGCAGAUGAUUUUCUUUUGGAAAUAGAACAUUUAAAUAUGCAGAUUAAUAAUCGAGAGAAACUAAUACAACAUGAUACAUUUAAAUAUCCUUAUUUAACCCCUUCAAAAUCAUUAAUCAUAUCCAAUGUAUUCGGUGAAUUACAAUGGAAUUCUAAACCAAUGACAAAUCGUGAUUUAUCUCGACCUUCAACUACUACAAUAAAUGGACAUACUUCUAAUACUAAUAAUGAUAGAAUACAAGAUGAAUCGUUAAGUAUAUCAGAAGAUGAUAUAAUAUCAACACCUGUCAUGCGAAAACAAAAACAAUGGUCAACUGAUGCUUCAGGUGUACCACAUUUUUUAUGUAUACUUUCAAAAAAAAAUUAUCUUCUUUUUGCCUGUGAUAAAUAUGGUUGUAUUGAUUUAUAUCAACUUGAUGGAAAUGAUCCAAGUAAUACACCACGUCAUUUACGUCAAUUUGAUUUAUUUCCUGGUAAUAGUACCAGUCAAAAACCACAAAUUAUCGAAGCUUUUACUGUUUAUACACCAUUUAUUGUUGUUUCCGCUCAUUUAAGUGAUCAAACAGAUACAAGUUCAGUUUAUUUUUUUGAUCAUCGUGGUAGUCAACAAGCUGAUACUUGUUUACAAAAUUUUCCUGUUCGACAACUUUCAGCUGAUAUUGGUUUUAAAUGUUUAUGGGGUGUUGAUCGUCAUCAACAUUCAGUUUAUUAUAAUCAACUACCAAUGAAUGUUAGUCAAAUUCAACAAUCAAUUGAACACCGUGAAGAUUUUAUUAAAUUUGGACGAGAUUUUGAACCUAUUAGAAUAACACAAAAUCAAACAUCAAUUGCAGUUGUUGAACGUAAUUCUCAAAGUGUACACAUAUUUGAUAAACAAACAAAAGAACAAAUUGAUGAAAUACAAAAUCUUUUACGUACAGAAGGAACAUUUCGUCUAUGGAAUGUUUUACUUCGUGAUGAUAAUUCAAUGGUACUUAAAUUAGAUGAAGAUUUACCUCCAUAUAGUCGUCCACAAACAAUUCAUCAUCUUAUUGUUGAAUUAGAUUCAAAUGGUAUACCAAUAGCACAAAUAGAACGUACUGCUGUUUAUGGUCUUACUAUUGGACCAAAUCAAGAAAUAUUACUUGGUUGUAAACGACAUCAACAGAAUGGUUCAAUUGAAUGUUAUAUCUAG